GGGCAAAGUAAAGCAAUGCACAGUCUCGUAACAGUGUCACGAUGAUGCGUGUCAGUAGCAAUUCUAGGCUAAUAGCCACCAGUAGUCACCUCGAUCCCGGAUGCAGUAUGGGCCCGGGCGCUGAGUCCUCCACCGAUGAUGACACACUGCUUGCCGUCGGCUUCAAGCGGACACUACACACACCGAGCCCGGGCAAGCAAAAGCACACUUACAGUUAUCCACACCAUCAUCACCAUCGUCCGAGCGCCCGGAGACGGGGUGUGCUAAGAGUGUCCAAAUUCCUGUCGUUCCUGUUGUUCCUAGUUAUCUGUGAUAGUCAGACAGUGUCCCGUGCUGCAUUUCGGGCAUCCGCCGCUACCAUCGGCCAUUCGGCGGCGGGUAUCACCGACAGUAUUAGUAGCCGUGGCGGUGAGGUGGUGGACGAGCACGGCCCACCCACUUCCGGUGCAGCGAUUCGCAACCGCACCAAGCUGCAGGAGAUCGUGCUGGAAGGACUCGGUCUCAGUGCGCUGCCCGACGUACGACUGAUGAACAUCAGCCAGCAGGAGUACGAAACCAAGUAUGCUGAAUAUUUGGACCGUGUCAAUCGUCGCCACCAAUCCCUGACCGGGAACACCGUGGACGGAUGGCACGAGCAGCGCCACCUUUACAGCUUUCCAGGCACAGAUCAUGCGCUCAAUCAUCGAAAAUUGCGCCGCAAGCGUUCACUGAGCAACGAUUUCGAUCUCGUGUACAUCCGGUUCGAUAUACCGACACGAAAUGCAAGCACGGGCGAGAUGACGGGCUUCCAGUCGCCCUCGCUUUACCACGACCCAAGCACCCCCGGGGAGGACGGUGAGGAUGAGGAGUCGUCGGUGGUCGGCGAUAAUCCUACCAACGCUCUAGAGCAGACCCUGCACCACAGUGGACGGGGGCAUCGUCAGUCUCUGUCCGAGCUGCCGCCUAUCUCGCCGGAGAACAUCGAAGAGUCGUCGUUGAACAUCAUGCUAACCAGAAGACAAAACAGCGCACGCAGCACAAACGCGCACAGUAAACAACAACAUCACUCGCCGCAGUCACAGCAGCAACAGCAGCAGGCGCAUCAAGUUCAACAGUCACCCGCACAGCUUCACCAACAUCAGCUGCAGACGCACGGCCAUCGGCGGAAGGGACGGGUACGGUUCAAGCAGCAUCAGCAUCACACCCAACACCAGCAGCAGCAGGUCCCACAACAGCAUCCUCAUCUCCAUAUGCCGGGCCGUACGGUGACGAUACACGUGUACCAGCUAGUGGAGCCGUACGAGCGCCACUUCCUUACAUCUAAAACGGUAGCGGUGCAGGAAAUCCCACCGAACGGGAGCCGCUGGUAUCAGCUGCCGCUGGAGGAAGCCGUGCGUACCUGGCUAGAUGGAUCGCGCAAGAACCUUGGUCUCGAGCUGUACUGCGAGGGAUGCCACGCACACGACGUACACAUCGUGCAUGACUCUUCGCCCUACUUUCGAACGUACGAUGAAACGCCGGUACUGAACGUAGUCGGACGGUUGGUACAGCGUGAGAAACGCUCCAAACUGCAGCGCUAUCGGCCGCAGAUGCGGGACUACCUGUCGCCACCGAAAACGACUGCCUGCACUGCGGGCAACAAGCGCUGCUGUCGCCAUCCACUGUUGGUGGACUUUCGCGACAUCGAAGGGUUUGACUUUAUCAUCCAGCCGAAGAUCUUCGAUGCCGGGUUCUGUCGGGGCCGCUGUCCGACCAAGUUUAACCCGGCGACACAUCACGCACUGUUGCAGAGUUUGCUGCACGAGCACAUUAAGUACGAUGUGCCGAAACCUUGCUGCGCACCGUCCAGCCUGGAUCAUAUCGAUGUGCUGCACGCGGAUCCGAAGAACCCGCAGCGGCUGAAGGUGUCCACGUGGCACAAUAUGCGGGUGCUGGAGUGUGCCUGCUCGUGAUGGAAUUGUUUGUGGCAAAAAAAACCAGAGGAACGCAUUUAUCUCCAAU